AUGGUAAAGAGCUUGGGGCUUCCUACAACUAGACAUCCGCAUUCCUAUCGACUUCAAGGGUUAAGUGAAAAUGGCGAAGUCCGUGUCUACAAGCAGGUACACCUUCCUGUCUCAAUUGGUCAGUACUGUGAUGAAGUCAUGUGCGAUAUUGUACCUAUGCAUGCAACUCAUGUGCUACUAGGAAGGCCAUGUCAAUUUGAUAAACAUGCUACCUUUGAUGGUUGGUCUAACAAAUAUACUCUUUUGCACAAUGAUAAACGAAUGGUCUUAAUCCCUCUCACACCUUCACAAGUGUACGAGGACCAACUUAAAUUGCAAAGAGAAUGUGAUUUAGACCGCCAAAAGAACAAACAACAAGGGGCCGAAUCUGAAAAUUGUUCGACCUCUACAUUGGAGCCAUUGGCCCAAUGGAAGAAUGUUGUUACUAGUGUUACAAAUGCACAAGCAUUAGUUAAGUCAAAUACUAGGAAACAAAACAUGAUAAUAAAGGCUAAGGAUGAUAGGAAAGUUAUGCAAUCUAAUCAGCCUUUGUUACUUGUGCUCCGUAAACAUGUGCUCUUGAAUGCUGAUGAAUUCGACAAGGCAUUGCCUUCGAGUGUAGUUGCUUUGUUGCAGGUUAAGCAAGAAGAGGUUGAGUUGAUCAUGGCAUGUCCCAUCCCUAUACCCAUUGGUGGAUAUCAGAGUUUUUAG